AGCCACACUAGGGCUGAAGUGUCCUGCAGUUAAAUAGAAGGUGUUCAAUAACGAAAGCUGCAAAAACCCAAGGGUUUAAAGAGGAGUAGUUCGGAUUCCAAUCACUUGUUUAUGUUUGCUUGUAGCUAUGGAGAUUAUAAAAAGAUGUACAGCGUACAAACGUGUAUUAAUAACAACAAGCGAUAAUGAUAGGAAGCAGAUCAUAUCGGCCCACGAAAACGGUUUUAACCCAUCAGUAAUAGCCCAUAUGUUGAGCUUAAAGAAAGCGACUGUGAAUGGGAUCAUAAAAAGGUAUAAAGAAACUUGGCAAAUCGAAGCUAAAAAGCGUGGUAGGAACCAUGCCAAAUUGUUGACGACAGAAGCCGUGGACAGUAUUCGAGAAUGGAUCACCGAAAACAACAAUAUUACUCUUAACACACUGGUUGAGAAAGUAUUCGCAAAAUACGGUGUGCGAGUGGGCAUUUCAACCAUAGCGAAAGAAGUGAAAGGGCUAAACCGCUUAUUAAAAAAGACAGAAAGGGAGUCUAGAAUGGUGCAAGCAAUAUGGCAAAUUUGUCAUUUUUGCUUAAGCCAAGAUGAAGAGACGCUUGCCCCUAUUACAAACAUACUGGAUUCUUAUUUAACCAUUGAAAAUAUAGAACGAUUCACAGGUGUUUCUAUAAAAUUUAACGACCGAUCUAUGUACGCUGUAUGCCCGGACUGCACGAACACGUUGCAAAAUUCAGUCCUUUUCCGUUUUUCUUGUAUAAGGAAUGAUGCCUAUUUGCGAGAACACUUCCCGCUAGACAAACCUACACCAGCCUCAAGCAAUUUGGACGCACGCGACGAGCACGACCCGUUGGAAAUGGACAAUGAUUAUACAGUAUUCGAAAUCUGCGAACCAUUAGCCUCGGGACAUGACUCUGAUAGUCAAGAAACAUUAAAAACAACGAACUCAUUCGAACAAGUGGUGAAGGAAAAGUACAAACCAACUAAUUUCACCCAGCCAAGCACGACGCAAAAUAUUGAUAGCCAACCACGUUUAACUGUAUCAAAUAGGCUUAAACUAUUGAAAGUAAAGGAAGAGUUCGACCCAGCUAAUUUUAUCGAUUCAAACACGAAACAAAACUCUGGUUGUAAAGCACCAUUGAAUGUUAGAAACGACACGUUUGAACUAUUGGAAGUAGAGGAAGAGUAUGACUCCGCAAAUUGUCCUGAGCCAAUUACUGUACAAGACUCUGAUAGCCCAUCAACGUUGCAUCAACCAACCAUACCGGAAUUAGUGAAUGUAGAAGACUCCGCUAACUACAUCGAACGAGCUGAAACCACGUGUUCCGAUAGCGACGAGCACGAACCAGACGAUGGUGAGAACGCAUCGCAUGGCUCAAAUCGUGGAACCAUUCGGGGUACAAACAACAAAAUACGUGUGUAUAAAAAUGGAGUUAAUCUAUUCAAUAUUCCACGUCAAGAACAAAAGAUGCUUUGUAAUAUUUGUGGCAAAUUUAUCACACACCUAGUAAACCAUAUGGCUAUUCACACGCAGGAGACCAAAUAUGCAUGCCCACAUUGUCCCGCAAGAAUGACGCAUUUGGCAAAUCUAACGCGCCACAUUCAAGCCGUACACUUGAAGGUGAUAAGAAAAUCAUGCGAAUUAUGCGGCAAAGGAUUUACCAGCAAAAAUAGCCUAUUAUCACAUAUGCGUUCUAAUCAUGGUAUUGGGAAACUACACGAAUGCAAAAUUUGUUCAAAAAAAUAUAGUUAUCCGAGCGGUUUGAGGGAACAUUACAAUCGCACGCAUGAUGCGCAGUACCAUAAGUGUGCGACAUGUGACAAAGGUUUUACAACGAGACCAGCGCUACGAAAUCAUCAGGCGGUGCACUUUUCACAUAAGCCUUUUGCCUGCAGCGAGUGUCCAAAAAGCUUCAAAAGUAGUAACGCGAGAAAAACGCAUUAUGCGGCAAUUCAUAGCGGGAUUCUUUUCAAAUGCACCAUUUGCGACAAAUCGUAUCGUUACAAAUCGCUUCUCAAUGCGCAUCUUCGGAAAAUGCACGCAAGUAACGACGAUGGCAGUGAAUAAUGCUGUUAAAUGCGAUGUAUGUUUCAAACAGCUGCAGUUGACUACUUCAUGAAUACAUUCUUUUCU